CAUCAUCAACAACAUCGCUGUCGUUGCUAGGCGGGAUGACCCCAUCGCUUCUAUAAAAGGAGACUGGCUCGCCUGUUCUGCUCCUUCCGUUCGUGUCGCCCAGGUUAGCCAUACGACAAAGCACCAAACAUGAAGAGAUUCUCGUCCAGAGCGCUACAGCGCUUAGCAAAGAGAGGCAUUAAUACCACCAACUCCACCAAGACGACUGUUGCUGGGGAUGCCUUGCACAAUGCUCCACAGCCAAGUCCAUAUACCAAGACGUACUUGGACUCGCUGAGCAACCGGAUGCUGUUCAACUACGCUGCCAUUGGCCUGUGCACUCUGAACAAGCCAAUCUUGAACUUGGUUAUCAAGAUGUUCCCUCUGAUUCCAACGCAGGUGUUGGACUUCUUCAUUGGCAAGAUCUACUGUGGUGGUGCUACGCCGAAGGAGGUGAUUCAGACAGGUGAGGAGCUCUCCAAGAGAGGUAUCAACAACAUGAUGCUUUCGCUGACCAUUGAAGACUCCGAAGGCACCAAGAACAUCGAUAUCGAGUACAUUGUGUCUGAGACCAUCAAGUCCAUCGAUACCAUCUUGAAGCCACACAUCUUGGGCUUGGCCGAGUCGCCAGAUCACGAAAUCAACGAGAUCCCACCUGGAUACAUCGUCUUGAAGCCCUCUGCCGUGAUUUCAAACCCAGUGCAAGUGUUGCUGAACUAUGAGAACCCAGAGUAUAAACAACAAUGGGACCAGUUGAACGAGAACUGUGCUAGAGUUGUCGAAAGAGUUGCGGAGCUUAACAAGACACUCGGUAAGCAAUACCCAGAGCGUAAGUCCCCAUUCUUUGUGACUGUUAUUGAUGCUGAGAAGUACGAUUUGCAACAAGGUGUCUAUCAGUUGCAGAGAAACUUGUUCCAAAGAUUCAACAAGGUUGGCGAUUUCGUCCAAGUUGUUGGAACCAUCCAAAUGUACUUGAAGCAUUCCUUCGAUAUGAUCAAGUUAGAGGAGAAGUUGGCUCGUACCCAUAACUACAGGGUUGGCUUGAAGUUGGUGAGAGGAGCUUAUAUCCACUCUGAGCCGGACCGUGGUGUCAUUCAUGACACCAAAGCCGACACCGAUAACUCAUACAACUCUGGUAUUCAACACGUGUUGACCGAUCUGAAGGAGAACUCUGAAAAGGCAACGCUGGGCCAUUUGGUUGUUGCCUCCCACAAUCACAAGUCUUCCCGUUUGGCUUCAGAUUUGAUCAAUAACUCUACAAAUCAAACCUUCAAGUCCAACGUUGUCUUGGGCCAACUCCUGGGAAUGGCUGAUGACGUUACCUAUGACUUGAUCGAGAACCAAGGUGUCAAGAACAUCAUCAAAUACGUACCAUGGGGUCCACCGGUCGAAACAAAGGACUACUUGUUGAGAAGAUUGCAAGAGAACGGUGAUGCCGUUAGAAGUGACAAUGGCUGGCCAUUGGUUAAAAACGUAUUCAAGGUUUACAAGCAUAGACUCUUUGGUUAAUUCUAAUAUUGAUCCAUAACUGCAUUUGUUUUUUCCUCUCUCUCUCUUUACAUUACGAUAUCAUGAAGGGCGUGGCUUACUAUACUAUACACAUAGCACUACUACUAUGACUGCAUUUGAGAAGUUUUCAAUAUAAUACAACAUCUG